CAAGGGGAAGCUGAGGGCUGGCGGCGAGCGCUGGGCGCGCGUGUGUUUUCUUGUGUGCGUGUGAGCGCGGUGCUGCAGCUUUGCCCGGAACUCCAGGAGCGAGGACGCGAUGUCGCCUGUCUCCCGCCGGCUGCUCUGGGCGGCCGCCUGCCUGGCCGUGCUGUGUGUGCCCAUGCCGGCCGUGGGUCAGAGCUCAUCUCCAGCGACUCCCACCUCAGCGGACACGUCCAUAGGCAACCAGACGACGACGAAGACGGCGGCGACGACGACGACGACGGCUCCCCCCUCGCCGGAGCCCCCGAAGACCACGACCCCCCAACCGACGACGACCACCCACACCUCCCACACGACGGUCGACCCCGAUACCUGUGGAAAUCACAACAGCUGUGUUUCCUGUGUUUCUCCUAACCAACAAAAUGUUACCUGCUUUUGGAUACAGUGUGAUGCAGAUAAUAGUAGCUACUGUUCACAAAAUUCAUCAGCUGGUGGGUGCCAUUUAAUCAAUGAGACGAAGUCCUGUUCAGCACCACCUACCACUUCCCCUCCAUUGCCAACAACCAAUUCUACAGCUAAACCUACAACUCAGUCUUCUGCUUCAACUUCUAUCACAGCUACUACAUCAGGUACAACUAAUACUACUCUAGCUCCAACUUCUCAACCUGUCCGGAAGUCUACCUUUGAUGCAGCCAGUUUCAUUGGAGGAAUUGUCCUUGUAUUGGGUCUACAAGCUGUAAUUUUCUUUCUCUAUAAAUUUUGCAAAUCUAAAGAACGAAAUUACCACACUCUGUAAACAGAUCGAUUAAAUUAACAAGGACUGGGGUGUAAUUCACUGAAACCAAAAUACUCUCUUUCCUGAUGUGUCCCACAAGGAAGACGCUAUUCCAGGAUCUUUAAAUUUCCAAAAGAUAUGUAGAGGAUAUUUGGAGCAUCAUCCUUGAAGAAAAAACAUUUAAAUCAUCUUUCUCAACAAGAAUAAUUAAGAUAUUCUGCAUGAAUCCUUGUGGCUGUCUUCUUUUUUUAAAAAAUGGCUGCUGCUGUGGGAUUGUGUUCUUUUCUUGACAUGCCAAAUGUAACUUUCUAUAAGUGAUAUCAGAUGUCAUGACUCUCUUGGCAAUUUAUAUUUAGUCAAUUUAAUAAGCCUGCAAGCUGCAUUAUUUUCAUCCUAACUCAGGCUGUAGUUCAGUGACCAGAAUUGAGAAUGUGCCAAAUGAGCAUCAGUCAGGUAGAUUUGGGUUAUUAUUUUUAAAAUAGAAUACACUUACAAAUUUAGUGUCCUUACCAUAAACUGUAUCCUUAAACUAAAAUUUUGUGCUUGGUAACAUUUUUUUCUACACUAGAAAUAAGAUGACAUACAGGGAAUUGCAUUCCAGGUUUAAAAAAAGUGAAUGGAAGGAUACAUAGAAGUUUAACAGGUUAUUUGUUCAUACUUGUAAAGCACCUUAUAACAUUGAAAAUAAAGAACCGUGCCUUAAAAGACAGACUGAAAGGUAGACUGUAACUUAAAAUGUUUGAGAUUUGUUAUUUCACCUUAAGGAGGGUCAGGAUUGAAAAUGUAAUUGUAGUUUAUGAGCAGUUGAAGAGCUGCUUUUAGAUAUCAUACUGUUACUACUUAAUUGAAAAUUACCUAAUAUCAAACUUGAGGAACUUAAACUAGAUGUUAUACAAAACUGAAAGCCUUUCUAUACUGAGCCUCCCAAUAUUUUCUUAUGGCUGUUAAAUAUAUAUAUAGAUAAAAAGUGAUUUAAUUAUAUUUUCUUUUGUGCUUGACAAUACUGUACCUUGACAAUAUUAAAAAAGGGAUUUUACCAAACUUCUUUGAAAAGUUCUUUUGUGAGGUUAGAAGGAAGUAAGGUUUCUAGACACUCAAGACAAUCAUUAAACAAUUGGAGGCAGCAGAUAACACGUGUGAUUUUAGAAAAUCUUGAGGAUUUUCAGUUGACCAGAAUAUGAUAUUUUUAAUGAUGAUUGCCUUGAAUGAAUAGAUUGUGCUUUUUCUUUUCUUUCUCAUUUACUGUUAUCCCCCCCCCCCCAUUUCCAUCAUAUAAAUAAGCAUGCAUACUUUUACUUAGUUUAUUUGUGAAAUACUAGGUUUUUGGGUUUUAGAGGGAUACUUUCCCCUGCCUUUUGACAUUUUUGAUUAUUAGUUCAGAGGCUUAAAUUAGUUUAAAAUGCUCAUUUGCUUUUCUAGACCAUGAAAGAAUUUUUGUUUAAUUUCUUUAGCCUGUCAUGGUCAAAUGUAGCACUUGGUUUUCAUGUUUUUAUAUUAGGGAAUUAGUGUUUGCUUUGGUCCAUUUCAUAAACCGAAAUUCAUUUAGGUCAUUGUUUUAAAGGUUCUCAAAAUGAAAAAAAUUUUUUUUUGUUACUUGCUGGUACAGCUAAAGUUUUACUUGCACAUUUGUACAUACACCUAAUGUUUUCAAGUGCCUUAAUUGUUUAGAACUUUGGCUUCAAAGGUUUUGGGGGAAGGGUAGGUUUACCUCACAUUUUGUGUUCUCAUUAGUAAUAUUUUCGGUACCUCACCAAAAAAAUGUAUUUGGUGCUGUGACUGUUAGUUUUUUAGUGUGUGCUAUAUGAUUGGAAAUUUAUUUGAAGAUACAAAAAAUUAAAAAUUUUCCCAAAGUGGCAGAAUUAGCUACACUGGCAUAAUUGUUAGUUUGCUUGGAUGUGAAUAUCUUGCCACAAGUAAUGUCAACACAUACAGCACUUUUUGUAAGCUGAAGUAGUCUCUUGUCUUCUGUAAAUUUGAAUACAGCUCUUAACAAUCAGAAUACAAAGUAAAUUUUGCUGGUCUACAGGAGAGCUCUUAAAACAGAACUCAUUGCCUUUCCCCUCCCUUCUUUGACAAUAUAGUAUCUUGAGCCAUUAAUAAUUUUUGGGUUUUUUAAAUCCAGAAGGUAUAUAGGAACCUUUUCAGAUUUUUCAUCUGAUUUGUUUGUGCAAAUGUAGUUCUAUCAAAUUUCUUUACCUUACAGAUAAUUUGUUGCAAAGGUAGACAUGCUGAAUUUAGACUUUACUAUUUCGAUUCGUUUAAAACCUGCAAAACCAAUCUGUAUCAUGUACCGAACUGAUUUAAAAUAAAUCUACAUGUUUACUGAA